CCCAAGUGACGUCGCGUCCGUAGUAACCUGCAUAGCAACGAAGCUCAGUGAACCAACAUGGCGGCCCCGAGUAUCUACAACGGAGCAUUCGGCGCGUUUAAGUACAACUAUAGCCGGCACGGGGCUAGCGGAGCGCCUGACAAGACUGUUUGGGUGACAAGGGCGUACGACCCAAACGAUUUGCGUAGCAAGUCGGUGCCUUCAAUGCCCGUGCCCCGGCACAAGCCGCUUCAGUUAGACCGGCUACCGGGGGCACCCCCGUACUGGGUCCAACCUAGCGAAGUGUCACUGAGAAAGGUCACGAGAGCCACCGAAGAAACCGCCCCUUACGUGUCCACCACCAGCACUCGGUGCGAGGAAUGGUCGACCCUGAGACAAAUGCUGCCGUCCCGGGGCAGACCUCUCCGUAACGGGCCUCCUGAUUGGGGCACGGCCAUGGCCGAUCCGCCAAACAUGACGUCAUCUCAACAGAGGAGAUUCCCGAUCAUCAACAGCUCAAUGACAAGAUUUGCAGAUGACAUGUUCCUGACCAACCGACUUUUCAAGCUUCAUUAACCAGGAUCCCUUGCGAGCAAAGACCGCAUGCGAAUGAGAUACCGUACCUGCCCGCUUGCUGCUAUGUACAUGUGUACUAAUAGACACUGAUUGCUGUUAAUAGUGUAAAUGUUUCAAAUAAGCUAAACUGACACUUAACAAAGACAUAUCUAGUGUGAUUAUAUGGUGUACGUUUUGAGUUUGGUCAUUCAAGUUAUCGUACAUAGAGAUACAUUAUUUUGUAGCAAAUAUAAAUACGUGCUUUAAACAUAAAUUGAGAUGUGUUUAUAUAUUUUAAAGUUUGAUUUGUACUUUGGUAAUCAAUUUGCAUAUUAGCCAUACAUGUACAUUAUGAAAACAAAGACGAUGUUUUGUUCUUGCUGUGUGAAGUCAUACAAAGAAUGCACUGAAAUAAAAUAAACCAACGACUUAACGUUGGUGUACGUAUCUUA